GACACAUUAUGGCAGGAGGAGCAGUUCUAUCAGCCUUCAUGCAGGUUCUUUUUGAAAGGCUGUCCACAAUUGCCUUGCAUGAGCUCAGAUCAGUACGAGGUAUUCAAGACGAGCUAGAAAAUCUUUCGAGUACACUAUCAACAAUACAAGUGCUGCUAGAAGAUGCCGAGGAGAAGCAAUUGAAGGAUAAAUGCGUGAGAGAUUGGCUUGCAAAGCUCAAGGAUGUUGCCUAUGAUUUGGAUGACCUGCUGGAUGGUUGUGCAGCAGAGACUUUGAGAUCAAAUUUAGAGGGCAACCAAUCACAGAGCCGCUGGAAGAGGCAGGUAUGUGACUUCUUGUCUUGCACCUUAUGGCAUAAAGGUUUGUUUCAUUGCAUGAUAGCACAUAGGAUAAGAGGGGUGCAGGAGAAGCUAGCUAAGAUUGCUAAGGAGCGAGAUGUUCUCGGUCUGCAAGCAUUAGGUGGGAUGAGCAAACUUGAGAUCACAGAGCGACCAGAAACCAGUUCACUGGUAGAUGGCUUGAAUGUGUUUGGUAGAGAAGAAGAUAAAGAUAACAUUGUGAAUAUCUUGCUAUAUAUUAAUGAAUCUAGUCCUCAACCUGUUUCAGUACUCCCCAUUGUUGGUAUGGGGGGCCUUGGGAAGACUACUGUAGCCCAGCUAGUCUACAAUGAUGAGAGGGUUCAAAAACACUUUCAACUAAGAAUGUGGGUCUGUGUUUCUGAGAAUUUUGAUGAGAGGAAGUUAACCAUAGAAACCCUUGACUCUGCUACAAAUUGGCACUCUUCUAUGACCACAAACAUGAACAUGCUCCAAUAA